AUGACGAUCCUCGCUCUCAAAGAGGACCGCCCCACCCCUAAGGCGGUCUACAACUGGCGCGUCUACUUCUGUGCCACCAUCGCAUCCUUCGCGUCCUGUAUGAUAGGCUAUGAUUCGGCAUUCAUUGGCACAACUCUUGCCUUGCCGUCCUUCGUUGACGAGUUCAACUUUGCUUCCUACUCGAAGGGGUCACUCGCACUGCUGAAACAGAACAUUGUAUCUGUCUACCAGGCGGGUGCCUUUUUCGGAUCCCUUGGAGCGUAUGUCUCCAGCUAUUUCCUGGGAAGACGCAUGUCACUCCAGUUGUUCACUGUCAUAUUCAUUUUGGGAGCUGGAAUGAUGCUCGGAGCGAAUGGGGAAAGGGGCAUUGGUCUUAUCAUCGGCGGCCGAGUGCUUGCGGGGAUCGGUGUUGGCGGAUGUUCGAAUAUGACGCCAAUCUAUAUCUCCGAGUUGUCUCCUCCUGCAGUUCGCGGACGGCUUGUGGGAAUUUACGAGCUUGGGUGGCAAGUUGGAGGCCUGGUUGGCUUUUGGAUCAACUACGGCGUGAACACAACAAUGGCACCAAGCUCCUCGCAGUGGCUAAUCCCUUUCGGCGUCCAACUCAUCCCAGCUGGUCUUCUAUUCAUCGGCUCAUUGGCCAUACCCGAGUCUCCGCGAUGGCUAUAUUCCAAGGGUCGACGCGAGCAGGCUCUCAAAGUCCUCUGCUGGAUGCGUCAUCUUGAUCCGUCGGACGUCUACAUCAUCGAAGAGGUGAACUACAUCGAAGAAGAUCUCGAAAGGUAUCGUCGAGAGAUUGGAGCUGGUUUCUGGAAACCGUUCCUCUCUCUGAAAGAGCGUAAAAUUCAGUGGCGAUUCUUGAUUGGUGCUUUACUCUUCGUCUUUCAGAACGGCAUCUUCGGUGUCGUGAAGACCGCUCUCACUUUCGUCUGGAUCCUCGUGCUUAUUGAUCACCUCGGGCGUCGAAUGCUGCUCAUGAUUGGGGCGACGGGCGGCUCGUUGUGUAUGUGGUUUAUUGGUGCCUAUAUCAAGAUAUCUGAUCCUGAAUUCAAUCAAUCAAACGCCAAGUUAUCCUCCGGUGGCAUUGCUGCCAUAUUCUUCUUCUACCUCUGGACGGCAUUUUACACUCCAUCUUGGAACGGCACCCCUUGGGUUCUCAACUCCGAGAUGUUUGAUCAAAAUACUCGGUCAUUGGGUCAAGCUUCAGCCGCUGCAAACAACUGGUUUUGGAACUUUAUCAUCGCUCGUUUCACGGAGCAGAUGUUCAACGCCUGGGGCUAUGGCGUCUAUUUCUUCUUUGCAAGCCUUAUGAUCAUAUCUGUCGUAUUUGUGUUCUUCUGCAUUCCCGAGACGAAGUCCGUUCCGCUGGAAACAAUGGACCGCCUCUUCAAAGUCAAACCCGUCUGGCGGGCCAACAAAGUCAUCAUGGAGGAGCUUAGAGCACAGGAGGAGGAAUUCAGAGAGAACAGAGGCGGAUUGAAUAUGGACGAUGAAAAAGAACACGUGGCGCAAGUUGAAUCAAAGGCUUAG